AAAAAAGUUACAAUCACAUUAAUUAAUUAGCUGGCCUCAUUAAACCUUUAACUAAUAAGCCGCGGCCUUUUAACUUUCCAUAUUGCUUUUCAUGUCUCGCCCGCCCAUUAUAAUCUCUUUUAAUUUUAAUUACUUUUUCGUGAUCAACCAAAACCCCUAAUCCUGCUUGCGUCCAGACUCUGCUCCGGUAAAUAAUUAAUGCAUACUAUUAUUACUAUACGUACUUGAACUCGUAAUUAAUUUGGUGCGUAGCUUUCUUAGCAUAAUUAUAGCUUCUUUCAAGUCUAGCUGAUAAGGUUAGAUUUAUUUAGAAACCUCUCUUUUAUGCGUUUCGAUCUAUAUAUCGCCCACUUUUCAAACCAUCAUCAAUACUAUUGUCCCCUCCCACUCCCUUCCUUUAUUUGCAGCUUUUCCUACUACGUACUUACUCUUGCUUAAUUAAUCCUUUAAUUCAUAAUUAGUUUUACCCACUCCUCCCAUCCUCUAGACUUUUAUUUCAUUUCCCCUCUCUUUCUCUAUACUUUAAUUUUCUCCUUUUGUUUUAAUUUGGUGGCAGCUGGAAACUUUAUGGAUUCCGGAAGUAGCGGUAGUAUGCAAUCUCUAAGCGGCGGAGGCGAUAAUGAAGAGUUUGAUAUUGAUUCCUCACGUCUAGGAGGAGGAGAUGAGUCCAUUCAUAAUUUUUGUAUGGAUUAUGGUCAACCCCAGUCAAUGUUUUUGUCCGCCACCACUUUCCCACAACCGCUGCCAAAUCUGAAUUCGUCUUUUUAUGUAGAUAAUAAUAUUAACAGUCGUGAUUUGGUUUGGCCUCCUCCUCCUCCGGGGUUAUUAGUAAGACCCGAACCCGGUUUUCCCAACUAUGCGGCUGAUUUCGUUCCGCCGCCGUCAUCACCGCCGUUGUCAGCUAUCUUGGGCACAGCGGCGGCGGCCGCGAGUCAACACCAACGGUUCUUGAGCGCGUCAUCAUCAUCAUCAUCACCCAUGCAGCCGACGGCUGAUUUGUGCGGGCCGGAUCCCGCCCCUACCCAGCCCGUUAAGAAUUCCAAGAAACGGAGCCGGGCUUCAAGGAGGGCGCCCACCACCGUGCUCACGACGGACACCGCCAAUUUCCGGCAAAUGGUCCAGGAGUUCACCGGAAUCCCGAUGGAUCCGUUCUCCGUCGGCUUGCCGUACUCUCGCCGGCUGGAUCUCUUCUCCACCGCUUCCGGGUCAGCCCAUCUGGACGGCCUUGGCGUAUCUCCCUUGUUCAAUCGUAACGGGUCGGGCUCAAAUCCAAGUAUGGGUAUGGCGAAAGAAAACCCAGAUUUAUUCAACAUGCAACCCAGUAAUAAUCUCACGCGUCUUCCCGCCGUCGACCGCCCUCUCCUGCAGCCGCCGUCGACCGAUAAUCCAUCAUCGGGAAAUCAUGAACAGUUACUAGUCAGUGCAAAUAUGUACAGCGGACGUCGUCGUACUGAUGAGCGAUCGAGCUGAUUUGAGAUCAUGUAUAAAGAAGGUCAGAAUCCAUGCGACGACCUGAGCUUGAUUGUUUUGACUUUUUAUUUAGUACUGUAAUUAGUUUAACGUAUCUAUGUGAACUACUACGUAUGUAAUAAAUACAUUACACUUGUCAGUAUUUCAUGCUUAGGAGUUAUAACGAGAUCGGGUUCAUCAUGUGUGUUCUCCAUCCUCAAACUUAGUCGAUCAUAUUGACUUUUGUGUCUUUUCUUCCAUUCAUACAACAUCUUACAUCUUAUUAUGUUACCAUCAUAAAUAAUGUUACUUUCCAUAUUGCUCACCU